AAAACACAACCCUGUCCAACAGCGGCGGAAGGCCCUGCAGAAACUAACACAGCUCAGCUCCCUCGCAGCAGACUCACAGCGUGGAGCUUCGUUUAUGAGAAAACAAGUUACAACCGUUUUCUGACGGACAAUGUUGUGAGGAUGAUGUGGAUAUGAUGGUGCCCAUCCAACUGUGAGAAUGUAUGAGGUGAUGUCCGGGGACACCCUGGCCUGGAAGGCGUCCAGUCCAAGACCUAGCAGCACAGACUCCACACCUGAUUCAACUGGGGAUGGAGGGCCCGUCAAGAUCCUCAAAGUGUGCUUCUGCACCAACAACUCCUUGGGCAAGAACUUCAAGCUGGUUAAAUGUGACAGCGCCUGGCAAAUUAGGGCCAUCAUUCGUUCGAUUCUGAACAGUGGUCGAUUGGGACCGAAUAUCACACAUGCAGGAUGCUACAGUCUCCUGCUGAAGCACCUGAAGUCAGACGAAAUACACUGGCUGCAUCCAGAUAUGACCAUUGGGGAGGUGGAGCAACGCUACGAGAGCCAUCAUGUGGAAGCUGAGUGGAGGUAUGACCUCCGCAUCAGAUACGUUCCUGUCAACUUCUUGGAAAAAUUCAAAGAUGACAGAUCAACUUUAGUGUAUUUUUACCAACAGGUGCGUAGUGAUUACAUGCAGCAUCAUGCCUCUAAGGUCAGUGAAGGCAUGGCGCUGCAGCUCGGGUGUUUGGAGAUCAGGAGGUUCUACAAAGACAUGAAUGCUAAAGGUCUCGAGAAGAAGUCCAACUUUGAGCUGCUAGAAAAAGAAGUGGGCCUGGACCUCUUCUUUCCUCAAGAGCUUAUUAACAGCAUGAAGUCAAGGCAGCUACGGAAGUUGAUCCAGCAAACAUUUCAACAGUACGCAACACUCAAGGAGGAUGACUGCAUGAUCAAGUUCUUUGAGACCUUCAAAGAGUUCUCCAGUUACGAUGAAGAGGUUUUCCCAUGUGAACUUGUGCAAGGUUGGAGUCUAGCAGUGGAGCUGGUCGUCGGUGGGAGGGGCAUUCGCCAACGCACACAGAAGGAUUCAGCGCCUGUUUUUCUAGCCGACUUCAAACAGAUCAAGAAAAUAAAAUGCUUAUCUCGGAGCGACAGCAAGGCACUCAUAGACUUCAGCAUAGAGGGGGCCAGACAACGUCUAUCAAUCAAUGUGGCCACGAUGUCUAUGGCAGAGAACAUGAUGGACCUUAUUGAUGGCUACUGUCGCCUGGAAAAUGACACAGAGGAUAGUGUUAUCUACCGGCCAAAUAAAGAUGCCAGUGCACGGAGCGCUCUACCUGAGCUUCCUACAAACAGAAACAGCGGCUCGGUCAGACACAGUAUGGGGUCAGACAUCUAUUGUGAGAUUCUCGAUGAAAGGCCGACAUCAGUUGUCAAGUACGGGAUUGACCGGAGUGACAUUGUUCUCGGCCGAAUCCUUGGUGAGGGUUUUUUCGGGGAAGUCUAUGAUGGAGUCUACAAAAAAGAUAGUGGUGAGAGGAUCAAUGUGGCAGUGAAGACCUGCAAAGACUGUUCACCUGAUGUGAUGGAGAAGUUCAUGAGUGAAGCAGUGAUUAUGAAGAACCUUGAUCAUCAGCACAUUGUCAAACUGAUCGGAAUCAUCGAGGACGAUCCCGUGUGGAUCGUCAUGGAGCUUUAUCAGUAUGGAGAGCUCGGCAACUACCUAACUCAGAACCAGAACAAGCUGACGAACACAACUCUGGUGCUGUUCAGCCUGCAGAUCUGCAAAGCUCUUGUCUACCUCGAAGGAGUCAACAUGGUACACAGAGACAUUGCUGUGCGGAACGUGUUGGUCGCCAGUCCAGACUGUGUGAAGCUUGGAGACUUCGGUCUGUCGAGAUACAUCGAGGAUGAAGAAUACUACAAAGCAUCUGUUACCCGUUUGCCAAUCAAGUGGAUGGCCCCAGAGUCCAUCAACUUCAGACGUUUCACCUCGGCCAGUGAUGUCUGGAUGUUUGCUGUGUGUGUGUGGGAGAUAAUGAGUCGCGGACAGCAGCCGUUUUUCUGGCUUGAGAACAGAGACGUGAUCAACCAGCUGGAGCAGGGAAUCAGGCUGCCCAAACCAGACAACUGCCCUCCUGCCCUCUACUCACUCAUGACCCGCUGCUGGUCCUAUGAUCCCAGAGAGAGACCCAACUUCACUGAGCUGGUGGUCAAGAUCAGUGAUGUCCACCACAUGGAGAAGGAGCAGGAAGUGGAGAGAGAAAGGGACAGAACACGCUCCACAAAAUUUUUCGACACCAAGUUUAACUUCAACGAACCUCCACCCAAGCCUUCAAGAACAAAACCAGGGCGGUUCGGGAACACGCUCAGUAUUGGUCUACACAUUCAGCUGAACGAAGCUUUGUGUGCCAGCUCACCUGACCUGGCCAGCCCAUGUGACUACCAGUCCCCGGUCGACUCCACCAACAAUCUCACGUUGCCAUCCUGGUCCCCCCGGCGUCGAAGCAUGGUGGAGGGCGAGAUCUUCCGCGUGGACCCAAACAGCAGGGAGGACGCUACGCGCCUGUGGCAGACGGAGAGACGGCAGAUGCAGGCCACUCUCCGCCGGCAGAAAGAGCAGAUGAUGGAGGAUGAAAAGUGGCUGGAGAAGGAGGAGCAACGCUUGGUGGGAAACAGAGCUUCAUUAAGUUUUGUCAACCCCCUCUCUGUGUCUCUGUGUCACCCUACUCAGUUCAAUGUGGCCCUGAAGGCUACGCUGAACGAGGCAUCGUUUAACAAUAUCAACCCACUUGUUCACUCUCGACGCCCCGCAAGUCUUAAAUUAAAUGUUCCCCUGAUAACAGUUCCAAAGAGAGGGUCCAUGUCCAUAUUGUAUAAAAUGAACCUGCCUGUUCUUUUGCAGGACCCCAUGGGACCAGAGGACCCUACCAGCCCAGCGGCCCCUGAAGCUGACACAGAGAACGCACCCCCAGAGAAGCCCCCACGGCUCACAGCACAGCCUGCACCCACAGCUGAGCUGGACCGCUCUGAUGACAAAGUGUACCAGUACGUCAUGGACCUGGUCAAAGUCGUUGUCCAACUCAAGAAUGACAUCACAGAGUUGCCACCGGAAAAUUAUAUCACCCUUGUGAAGUCUGUUGGGAUGGCUUUACGAGACCUGAUUCGCAGUGUGGAUGACAUACUGCCCACCUUACACGAGUCUGUCAGGACUGAGAUCGAGGGCACCCAGAAGCUGCUGAACAACGACAUGGCGGAGCUCAUCAGCAAAAUGCGGCUGGCACAGCAGAACGCCAUCACCUCUCUGAAGGAGGAGUGUAAGAAACAGAUGCUGGCUGCCGCACACACACUGGCUGUGGACAGUAAGAACAUGUUGGACGCUGUGGAUCAAGCCAGAGUCAGGGCCAACUUAGCCAAGCCGGCGGAGCCCUAGUAGACUGUAAGUUCUCAUGUGCAGUGUCAGGUUUUUUAUGCAGAUUAUUCAGUAGUUUCCUGGACUACUGGAGUACAUGUAAAAAUGUAUGUGUUUCCAGACGAAUGCCCUGUUCUGUUUUCUAAAAUAUAAAACUCAGAAAUUCUAUAAAUAAAUUGAUCGUAGUGUCUUUUAUGGCAUUUGGAUCAGCCAGCACAGCCAAAAUGUUCACCACUGUAUGAGAGAGCGCAGGCCAGAGUGAGCUUGAUGUUAUCAAAAGCAAGUCAAGAAGUGUGGCGUGCAACUGAACACACUCCCCUAUGCAGAGCUGCCUGUACGUCACAGCCUGCAAAUCAUUUCUGCCUGAAGUGCCUUAUAACCGAAUCAAAUCCCAGCAUCUGCAAACAAAUUUGUUUGAAAGAAACUGCGUCAGUCUUUGAAUUGCAAAAACAUAGCAUCACAAAAUGCCAAACGUUGAGCUUUUCUGAACAUUUAUGAGUUAUGCAGUGAUCAGAAAAGUAAACCGACUUUCUUUGUCUUUCUUUUUUUUUCAUAAGGAAACCUGUAUAACUGCGGUCACGUCAUUUCCAUGGGCACAGUGAAUAAAUGAGGCUGUACAGACGCUGUGAAAAUUAAAUUAUUCACCUUUUUUUCAACUCAUCCUAGCUAUUUGUGCUCAGAUGUCAAAUAGGGUCUGAAAAAGUCUACAGACAUCUGGAAAUUUGAGUCUGGAAACGUGAAUAUCUGAAAUGGAACAUGUCUAUGAACCUUUACACAUUAAGCAAAUGAUUCACAUCUGUCAGUCAGAAAUAACAUUUGCACACAGGUGAGCAUUUUUGUUGUGUCAAACUGCUUAAAUUAAGGCUGUGACCGUUCUUCAUCAUACCUGUAAAUGUGUCUUGUUAAGUUUAAAUAAGAUGCUACAACUCAGUGGAUACAGACAACUUGGAAUUAAGUGGUUGUGUGCUCAUUAAAGAUGUAUGUAUACUGAAAUCGAUGAUGAUCUAUUGGCAACACAUUUACAGUGACAGACACUUUUCAUUCAGUGGAAACUGUUCUCAUUUGUGAUUGGAGAGUUAUUGACUUACUUCAGUAUUUGUCAACCUAGACCCUAUUUUCCUAUGUUUUUGUGUCUAAGUGAGUAAUGGAGACAACUAUUUUCUAAUCUGGUCCCAUAUUGACAGAGAGCGCUGCAGCUGGCAGCUGCCAAACAGGCUGUAAGUAACCUUUUGGGGCAUGUUUGCACCGUCAAUUUAUGCCUCCUAAAAUGCUUGUAUUUGCCACUGACAGGCUCAGGAGUGUCUGACAACAUUAUGGAAAGGAUCCCGAGAGCGAUAGCCAUUUUUGUUAAUGACUAAGAUCCUUGUUGUUUGACAAGAAACAGUCGCUAUUGCCAAAUCCACCAGACUCCAUUCAAAUAAAUAGUAAUUCUAUCAUCGUAAAACACUUCAUUCAAAGUCAACAAAACAAAAUAAAGCUAAAAAGAAACAGUCUUGGAUUGUCUCUUCAUGGCUAAAACAAUCACCAACACUGGUUUGGUUGAAAUAAACCUUUAAUUUCCCCAGUAGGAUGUGAAAAAAUGCUGGCUCCACACACGCUAAAAUUACCAUUUAUUUAAAUGGAGUCUUGUUGCCUUGGUUUUAGUAUUUUAGUAUUUGGUUAAACAAAAAUGAUCUUACUCUUUAACAAAAAGGUCUGUCUCUGUAGGGAUCCUUUCCAUAAUGUUAUCAGACACUUACAAUAAUAAUCUGAGCCUGUUAUGGGACAAAAACAAGCACUUUUAGUGGAUUUAAAUUGUUGGUGCACAAUUGCCCUGACAUUGGGCAAUGGUUACAUUGCAGCCUGUUUCGUGGCUACCAGCUGCAGCGGUCUCUUUCAAUACUGGCCCAAUUUCAAAAAUUGUUGUUCCCAUUAGUCACUUAGACACAAAACAUAGGAAAAUGGUUUCAGAUUUUAAAAUAUUGAACUCACCCUUUAAUUAUCUGUUCAGAAACUGAAUCUUUGUAAAUAUAAAAUGUCGUUUUUACGCAGAAAAAAAUAAUGCAGACUAAAACACAAUUACAUGGUUUACUGCCUCAAACCUGUCAGCAGUGACCUGAGUGAAAUGUAAAGAUGACAAAAUUGCCAUUCAACUGUUCAAAAGUGUUUUAUAGUAAAUAUAUAUACAGUUCCUAUCUCAAGUUUGACUAUGAUGCAUUAUGUUAAAAAAAAUGAUGAGAUGAAGACGACAGUGGUUUGGAUAAUGGAUUGUCGGAUAUGUCACAUACUCUUUCAAGAAAAAGGUUUUUGUAUCAUGUCCAUUAUCAUUAUUAUAAAAUAUCAAAUUCUAGUAUGUAAAUCAAGUGAUAUGCAAAUAAAUAUCAUAAUGUAUA